UACAUUUUACAUUUUGUAACUCCCCUCCAGUGAUUCUGUGAUUAGUUUGAAAAUAGAUGCACCAAAAUAGUGUCUGCUCUAUAGCAUAAAAGCCAGUUUAAAAUCAUCCACCGUCAAGAAAUUAUAGAAUUUUAAAAUUGUUGAUUUCAUUUUUACAUUUGUUACAUUAUUUUAUAAAAUUAUGUUUAUUUUUUUCCUGUAAAUUUUUUUUGUUUUGUUUUAAUAUUAAUUGCAAACAUUUUUUUUUAAAUAAAAAGAAAAAUUUAGUGCACACAGAAAGAAACAAAAAAUGGCAGACACCGAUGUGAGCGAUUAUUUUCGAUCGAAUUUAUUGUCACUACGUCGUGCAAUAAAUGAUAAUGAUUUUAAAUAUUUUGGUUCACUAAAUAAAGAUACAGAAAGAAUUGCAUUUUUAAUGAAUUAUCCAGAGGCACGUCGACUCACAUUUGAAAUUGACGAUCAGGAAUGUAAAAAAAAUUCAAUAAAAUGUUUGAAAUUAAAAAAUGAAGGAAAUAAAUUUUUUGGUUGUGGAAAUUUUGAAAAAGCAUUGUCAAAAUAUUCCAAUGCCAUCAUUUUAGCACCACGAGAAGAUUUGGCAAUUCUUUAUGGUAAUCGUUCGGCGGCUUUAUAUCAUUUGAAUGAUUAUGAAUUGGCAAUAAUUGAUGCAGAGGAAGCUGUAAAAAUGGGAUAUUCAAAAGAAUUACUUUAUAAAUUAGAUGAUAGACGAGCAAGAUGUUUAUUGGCAUUAGAGGAACAUUCAAAAGCAAUGGAUGCAUUUAAAAGUGCUUUAAAAGCUCUCGACUAUGCAAAAAUUCCACUGGAGAAAAAACAAAAAUUAGAAUCUGACAUUAGAGUAAUGUUGGCAAUUAUGGAAAGAGGAGCAAAACUCAAUGAAAAUAAUAAUAAAUUAAUAACGAAAAAAAUUAAGACAAAAUUGACAAAAAAAUCACAGUUACCAAAAACAAAGGAUAUAAAUUUAUCAUAUCCGGCAUUUAGUAAUGCUGUUGAAAUUAAAGACGCAGGUGGUGAAAUUGGAAGAUUUGCCAUUGCCACAAGGGACAUUGCUCCCGGGGAAAUUAUCGCCGUUGAAAAAGCUCAUUGCGCUAUUUUACUAGGAGAGUACAGAUUGAGUCAUUGUCAUUUUUGUUUGGAGAGAAUUUUAGCUCCAAUACCAGCCUAUUGUUGCAGUUCGAUUGCAUAUUGUUCAAUAAAUUGUAGAAAUUCAGAUAAAAAUUUACACUCGAUAGAAUGUAAAAUAUUAGGACCAUUGUGGAGUUCUGGCAUGUCCGUGACAUGUUUAUUAGCAUUAAGAGCAAUUACUCAACGACCUUUAAACGAACUAAUUAAAUUGGAAGAGAAAUUAAAUGAAAAAUAUGUCGGUUCGAAAAUACAACCUUAUAAAGGGUCUGAUUAUGAAUCACUUUAUGGAAUGGUGUCCCAUGAGGAUAAAAGAACAGUUGAGGAUAUUUUUCAUCGUACAUUUAUGGCAUGUUGGCUAUUAAGACUCUUAAAGACAACGUCUUAUUUUCCUGAAAAUAUUAAAACUCCGGAUACAUCAGAAGAUUUGCUUUCUAACGAAGAACUUUUCAUUGGACACUUAAUACUUCAUAAUUUACAAUUGCUGCAAUUUAAUGCGCACGAGAUUUCUGAGCUCGUAAAAUUAAAAGGCGAGAAAAAUUUAUCUAAGUCGAAGAAUUUAUUUAUUGGCGGUGGUUCAUUUCCUUCAAUUGCUCUUUUAAAUCAUUCAUGCAAUCCUGGUGUCAUCAGAUAUUUUAUAGGAACAACGAUGAUUGUGAGAGCAAUAAGAACUAUUAAAACAGGCACGGAAAUUAAUGAUAAUUAUGGACCAAUUUUCGCUGAAAUGUCAGAAAUGGAACGAAAAAGAAAAUUAAGAAUGCAAUAUUGGUUUGAUUGUAAUUGCGAAGCGUGCAGUGGUCAUUGGCCACUUUUAGUUGAUAUUGAUCCUCGAAUUUUCAGGCAUUACAAUAGUUUGGAAGUACCAAACAUUUCCAGGGAGAGUAAAUUAAUGUUUAAAUGUGAAACUGAAUUCUGCGAUAAUAUUCUACCAGUGAAAACGGACACAAACGAAUUUAUGAUGUCAUGUAUUAAAUGUGGAAAAAGUACAAAUAUUUUAAAAGGAUUGAAAGCACUACAAGAUACGGAUUCUCUAUUUCGAUUAGCGUCGCACAAUUUAGAACAAAGCGAUUAUGAACAAGCACUCAGGUAUUAUUUAAAAAUACUCAAAUUACUUGAUUCAAUUUUAAGUCUACCUUUCAAAGAUUAUCAUCUCUGUCAGCAGGGAGCUCGAAUUUGUUUUCUAAGUUUUGGAAAUUGCUCUGCAAUUUGACUUGUUUUCUCAAUCAAAUGUUUAAAAAAGUUGGGGCAUUCUUAAAAUUAUGUUUCCGACAUUUUUGUAAUUUUAAAUAUAAUAGAAAUGCCAAAGUA